GAAAGAAUCCCAUAAUACUCUUGAAUACGGGGAAGAAAAUAUGGAGUCGAUGAAAUAAAACGAUACAUCGAACAUGUAAAGUCGUUCUUGAAGUGUUUUAGGGCCAAGAAUAGUGCUUUUUUCUUGCUGCUUCACAUGAAAAGGAUAUCGUAUAAAGACCAGCCAGAUCAUUCAUCAUGUCUUCUAAUCCUAGCAGCGCCAAGUCCGAAUUUAUUGUCGGAGGAAAAUAUAAACUCAUUCGUAAAAUUGGAAGUGGUUCUUUUGGUGAUAUUUAUCUGUCCGUCAAUAUAACUAAUGGAGAGGAAGCAGCUGUCAAGUUAGAAUCUCAGAAAGCAAGACAUCCUCAACUUUUAUAUGAAUCCAAACUGUAUAAAAUUCUACAGGGUGGUAUAGGAAUUCCUAAAAUCAGAUGGUAUGGUCAAGAGAAAGAUUACAAUGUACUAGUUAUGGAUCUAUUAGGACCCAGUCUAGAAGACUUGUUUAACUUUUGCUCUAGGCAUCUUUCAAUGAAAACAGUUCUCAUGUUGGCUGAUCAAAUGAUUGGUCGAGUAGAGUUUGUCCAUAACAAGAAUUUCAUUCAUCGAGAUAUCAAGCCAGAUAAUUUCCUGAUGGGAACGAAUAAACACUGUAACAAGCUGUACCUGAUAGAUUUUGGCCUGGCCAAGAAAUACAGAGAUAGUCGCACAAAACAGCACAUACCUUACAGAGAGGACAAGAACCUGACUGGUACAGCAAGAUAUGCAAGCAUCAAUGCUCAUCUGGGCAUUGAACAAUCGCGUCGUGAUGACAUGGAGUCGCUUGGUUAUGUUUUAAUGUAUUUCAACAGAAAUAAUUUACCAUGGCAAGGACUAAAGGCUGCCACGAAAAAGCAGAAGUAUGAGAAGAUUAGUGAAAAGAAAAUGUCAACCCCUGUAGAGGUCCUGUGUAAGGGCUUCCCGGCAGAAUUUGCAAUGUAUUUAAAUUACUGCAAGGGUUUACGAUUCGACGAGGCUCCAGACUACAUGUAUCUGCGCCAGCUUUUUCGAAUCCUAUUUCGCACUUUAAAUUAUCAGUAUGAUUACAUUUUUGACUGGACGGCAUUAAAACAAAAAGCGGCUGCUGCACAAAGUCUUACAAGUUCAGCCGUGACUACACCUGGUACAGCACAGUUAGUAAGUCAACAAAAACGUGAACCUCCCCGAGCUAGACGUGGUCGUUAACCUCUCCAAGCCUUCAUCUGAUCAAAGGUCACCACACACUAAUGUCUUAUAUAUAUAUACAAGUAGCUGCCUUCUGUACCACAUAGCUAUACCUACAGUCAUCAACAGAUGAUCUAACUAUGGCUAACUAUCACAACAAGAUCCCAAUUCGAAUGGGUGUGGUCAGUCUGUGCUGUAGUUGCUGUAAUAAUCGUGGUAUCGAUGAAUGGAAAUAAUGUGCCUCUUAUCCAAAUACGACCAAGACUCCUCCAUGUAAGGGGGGGAUGAGUGGAGUAUAGUAUUGCUUCCUUGUGUUAAGUUCAUUCUCCACUCAUCGCUAAAAACACUCACAGUGAGCUAGCGAAUACCUUUUUUCCUCCCAGCAAGUUCUAGCGAGUAAAACUAUUUUUGCUCGCAGCGAAUACGCGCUCAACUUUAGCCAGUAACAAAUGAUGUACAUAUCACGUGUUUAUUCAGUACCCUGCAAGAUAGCGGACUGGAGUAAACAAAGCGUGGAAAAGCUUAUCAAAAAUGGCGAUAGAGGCUUUGCACCAUCACGUGCCGGCACCUAUAAUACAACUUGGACUGAGUGUGGUUAGAUGGCAGAACAAUAAAAUCCCUUUGCUCUCGGGAAUUGAAUUCUUUUUCAUGUAAAACGAUUGUAUUGUUCCUGCCAUCUAACAUGGCUGCCAUCACGUGAUGGUGCAAAGCCUCUAUACAGUUGUAAGAAGUGGAGAUUAAACAGCGAGUGAACGAGUAUUCACUAGCGAGUUCUCACAACACUGAGUGGAGAAUGGCAGUGUUCCUUGUCUUGCGACUUUGUUGCACGGUGAAAAAGAAGGUGCGCCAUAUUUACACGGACAGUGGGAACGUGGCAUAAAUAGAUUGACAUUGYUGAAGCACUCGGCGAGAAACUUUAUCUCGACUUCGCAAAACGUUCCUUUUCUCGUUCGAUAAAUUCUGUUGUCAUUCUCAUGUAAGCGACUUUAGCCACGUUUGAAUUUAAUUCACAAUUUCCAACCGGAAGCAGAUAAUGUACAACUUAAGCGAAACAACGAUUUGAAAUUUAAGGGGCUAUAUUUCGUAUUAUUAAAUAUUAAGUAAUUAAAUCAUAAAGUAAAUGCCCCGUCCACACGUAUACGGAUAUCUUUUUUAAUAGGAAUUUCUUUCUUUGCGAAUUGGCCUUCCGUUUACACGUAUCUGGCGAAUAUGCCACUUUUCGAAAACAGAUUCGUGUGGACGGGCAAAAACGAUUCGAAAACACUACGUUUGAACGAGAAUUCUCUCGAAAACGGAAAAAAAUCCGGAUGCGUGUUAGUCUCCCACACAGCUGCUUUCAGUGUCGUCACGCAACGCUUAAACUGAAAGCGGCUGUGUGGGAGACUAGAUGCGUGUGGACUGUGCCUAAACCUGUAUGAAUGAUCUAUGGUCAUUGACAACAGGAAUAUUUUUGGAAUAACAAAAAGGGGAUAUUUUUAAGACAUUAUUUUGACAUACACUGGACACUUAGGUUUAUCGUACAACAAAACUACAAUACAAGGAACAAGUGUAACGCCUUUUGGGAAACUAAAACAAUCCUCUAUUGGRGAGGUGUGGAUAAAACUUUGUACUGGAACAUAAGAUUACAGUAGAGUGCAUACCAUAUAUCCGUGAAAAGCCUUGAAGGAAGUUGCACAAAUUUGCCCAAUUAGUAAGUUAAUUAGACCUCGGUAGACCUACGAAACUUUGCACUAAUUUGUACCAUUUUGUUAACAUUUUCACGGAUAUAUGGUAUGCACUAUAGAGGCUUGAAAUAACACGUUUUUUUGUAUCAUAGAAUUUUAUUAGUUUUGUUUUCAGUAUACAAUUAAUAUAAUGUUAGCGAUAAAAUAAUCAAAAUGUAAUGGUAUUAGAUAAAAACAAUUUUUUUUCGG